UCCCUUGUGUUCUUGGGAGGAGUCCUCAGUCCUAGAUGCUUUCCACUUGCCCUCUGGACCUCUGUUCCCAGGAGGGGGAUCUACAGGAGUUCAGUGUCCACCUGCAACACCAUGUUACCCUUCUCCGAAAAGCGCCAGGAUGUUGACCAUUUCUCUUCUUGCCCUUCUCUGUGUAUCAGCCUCGGCCGGUGCCAUUCAGACUAGGUCCUCCUCCUACAAUGGAGAGUAUGGAAGCGGUGGAGGGCAGCGAUUCUCCCAUUCUGGUUACCAGCUGGAAGGUCCCAUCACCGCCAUCCGUAUCCGGGUCAACAGAUACUACAUCGUAGGGCUCCAGGUCCGUUAUGGCAAGGUGUGGAGCGACUACGUGGGCGGCACCCAGGGAAAACUGGAGGAGAUCGUCCUGCACCCUGGGGAGUCAGUGAUCCAGGUGUCCGGCAAGUACAAGUACUACGUGAGGCAGCUGGUCUUCGUGACUGACAAGGGCCGCCACCUGCCUUUUGGGAAAAACAAAGGCAGGCGUUUCAAAGCUGUCCCCUUGUACCCCCACACUGUGCUUCGAUUCAUCAGUGGUCGCGCUGGCUCCCUCAUCAACGCCAUCGGCCUGCACUGGGACGUCUACCCCAGUGACUGUGGCAGUUGCUGAGCCUCAGUUCCGUCCCAGGCUGGGCACCGCAAGGGGGUGUGAGAACCUCUUUACCAUGAACCUCAUCCACAUGGCUCAAUAAAAAAGCUAAAAGGACAUAGCUACCACUUGUGUCUGUGGGGGUGUGCCGCUGGGAUCUGCCUCCUGGCUCUGCUUCUGGACGUGCGAAGCUCGUUUCUGCU